CACGCGCUCUUCUCAACAAUGUCGACCACCAAAACACAGCAGCCGCGCCGCGCGCCUCCGUCCAGCAGAACACGAGCACAACCGAGCAAAUGAAAGCCAAAUCUCUUCGUUGAGCGAUCAGGAAGGUUUAGAGGAGGACAUGGCGGCUCAAGAACCCUCCCCCCCGUCCUCCAUGGAGAACAAUAAGCCUGGGUUCCCAAAGAAGAUUCUGGCCAACAAACUUGAAGACAAACAUUUAUGCAACUGCUGUCAGAACAUUUUGAGAAGACCGUUCCAAGCGCAGUGCGGUCAUCGCUUUUGUUUUUACUGCUUCAACCGGACUGUUGGAUCUGGACCGCAGAAAUGCAAUGCCUGUAUCAAGGAGGACAUCUUCGAAGAGCCCACGUCGAUCCUCAUACAAGGAUGCGCAUUUCCCGACAAUGCUGCCAGAAGAGAAGUUGAAAAUCUUCCAGCUGUGUGCUUCAACGAAGGCUGCUCCUGGAAAGGCAGUAUUAAAGAUUAUGAGUUGAGCCAUGAGGGGAAGUGUGAGUUCAUGAUUCUGCCGUGUCCUUUGUGCAAAGAGCUGAUUAGACUGAACGAACAGGAGCGUCAUAAUGAACGCGAGUGUCCUGAGAGAACGCUCAACUGCAAGUACUGCAAAGAGCCAUUUCACUUCAAAAACAUCAAGGCCCAUGAUGAGAUCUGUCCCAAAUAUCCUAUGAUUUGUGAAGGAUGUGCGAAGAAGAAAAUCCCCAGAGAAAAGUAUGUUGACCACAUCAAGUUCUGCAGCAAGUUCAGGACUCCAUGCAGAUAUCAUGUGGUUGGCUGCGACUUGUCAGUGGAGAAGGAGAAGAUCCAUGAUCACGAGCGUGCCUGUGCUCACGAACAUCUCAACCUGCUGUUGCACUACAUCAUGGGCAUGAAGGUCAGUCUGGAGGGUCUGCAGCCCCAAAGCCUGGAGCUGGCCGGUCACAAAGCACACGAGCUUCACCAGGCGCUCCGAGACCUGGAGACCAGAGUCAGUCAGCUGAGCGCCAUCCCCGGCCCGACCGGACCUCCCGUGCAGGGGGUCCCCUCCUCUUCAUCCUCAUCCUCGUCCUCCUCUGCGCCUCCGACCACGCUGCCCACCUCCUUCACCCCUCUGCCCAGCUCGGUGGGCGCAGCGCUGGAGCUCCAGCUGCACAGCGAGAAGACCAAGGUGGCAGAUCUGGGCCGUCGCUGCCAGGAGCUGGAGGUGAAGACGGGGACGUUUGAAGACGUGGUCUGCGUGCUAAACCGAGAAGUGGAGCGCUUCGCAACCACCAUGGAGGCCAGCAACCGCCAACACAGACUCGAUCAGGACAAAAUCGAGGCCCUAAGCAACAAGGUGCGUCAGCUGGAGCGGCAGGUGGGCGUUAAAGACCUGACUGUGGCUGAAAUGGAGGGCAGAUUGCGGGAGAUGUCUGCCACCACGUUUGAUGGCGUCUUCAUCUGGCGGAUAUCAGAUUUCACUAAAAAGAGACAAGAUGCCAUUGCUGGACGGGCGCCUGCCAUGUUUUCACCCGCAUUUUACACAAGCAAGUACGGAUAUAAGAUGUGCCUGCGGAUUUACCUGAACGGGGACGGGACGGGUCGUGGGACGCAUCUCUCACUGUUUUUUGUGGUGAUGAGAGGAACGAGUGACGCACUGCUCAAAUGGCCCUUCAAUCAGAAGGUGACGCUGAUGCUGCUGGAUCAGAGUAACAGAGAGCACAUCAUCGACGCGUUCCGUCCCGACAUCACUUCCUCCUCGUUCCAGAGGCCUGUAAGCGAUAUGAACAUUGCCAGCGGCUGUCCGCUCUUCUGCCCGCUGUCCAAGCUGGAGGGCAAGAACUCAUACAUACGCGACGACACCAUCUUCAUCAAAGCCAUCGUGGACCUCACUGGCCUUUAGGUGGUCUACUUUCGUACGGCAUGGUGACGCAGGAUCUGCUUCACCACAGCAGGAGAUUUGUUCCACAGCGUCUGUUUUGACACGUUUCCCUGCAUGUGCUAAUCCGUCACAAAUGUUGCACUGAUGCAUAGUUCCAGAAAUGGUUGGUUGAGCUCUGCAAUAGGAAAAACCUGUCUUGAAACACUGGAAUUGAACGUGAAGUCCGGUCCAGUUACAUAGAUUACAAUGCAAAAUCGAAAGGAAUAGUUCAGCCAAAAAUUGUAGAUGAGUUUGUUUCUUUAUUAGGACAGAUUUAGAGAAAUGUAGAAUUGCAUCACUUGCUCACCAAUGGAUGCUCUGCAGUGAAUGGGUGCCGUCAGAAUGAGAGUUCAAGCAGCUGAUAAAAACAUCACAAUAAUCUGAUAAACUUCUCCAAAUCUGUUGCAAUGACGAAAACAAACUCAUCUACAUCUUGGAUGCCCUAAGAGGGAGUACAUUUUCAGCAAAAUAUUUUAGUUUGAACUAUUCUUUUAAACUCUUCAGCAGAGCUGUUUUGCAUUUACUGUACUAAUUACUGUAGGUGGAAAACGGGAUUUAAUCACAGUAAAAUGUGUUAAUAUUAUCAGCAGCUCAAUGCAUCCUCUAAUUAGACAAUUUAAUAAACAAACACGCUGCUUAGCAUUUUUAGAAAUUGCAAUUUGCAUGUCGAAGUGGAUAAAUUGUGCUCCUGUAGUGUUCUUCAAGUUUUUUUUUUUUUGUCCCACAGUGAGUAUAGUGAGGGUCAUGAUGGUGGAUUUCCUUUAAUCGGUGUUUGGAUACAUCUGUGGAAGAUAGUUUGAAGUUUAAGGGUAAAAAUGGUAUAAAUCUUACCGUAGGUGUCUGGAACUUGAGUCUUGUGCAUAUGAAUAUUCAAGUUAUUACAUUGCAUUUUGUAUAUUUAUAAGAAACAAGACGAGUCUUAUUACUUUUGCAAAUAAGAAUAUUUCUACAGUUUACGAGCUUGAGUUUGUAGUGCUUGCCGGCUUCAUAGAGUGCGAGUUUGUAUUUUAUUCCUUUUCGAUUCUUCUCACUGCCAAACGAGGUACGAGGCGGUUUUUGUGUAUUUUCUAGUCUAAAUUGAGAUGUUUACACAGGACCAAGCAUUUGAAACGUUUGCUAUACAAUUCUCUUUUAUAUUUGGCAUUGGGUGUGUAACAGAUUUUAAACCAGUUAUGACAACUAUUGAAACUUCUCUGUGCAUGGGGAGCCUCAAUCUGCAAAUGCACAUGAUAUUUAUUAUCACACACAGCUUACUCAUCCAGUGAGUGACGACACCACUGCUGACAUACUUUAGAGAUGGAUAAAAUAAAUAUUAAACAUAAUGAUUAUUAUUUAAUAUGAUACACUGCUUCUAUUCUUAAAAACUGAAAGCAGAUAUCAAUAUACUGUAUAAGCGAUCGAUAUGUAUCUUUAUAUAUAACCAUAAACUCUUUAUACAGUUAAAUGUAUAUACAGUUUACAUCUAUUUUAUUAUAUUUAAUGCAUAUUAUUUAUAUAGCUGUACAUGUGCAGUCAUGGUGGUUUAAAACUAAUUUUAACUUCUUCUUAGUAAAUUGUCAGAAAUGCAGAUUAAUUUGUACAUGAGAUGCCUUGCGAUAACCUAAAUCCGAUCACUUGAUAGGAGAAAUAGUUCAUCUUAAAGCUGAGAAUCUAUAAACUGCAAUACUAAUGAGGCGUUUAUUAAAAGGGACGAAGUUAAUGAUUCCAGACGUUAAAAAGAGAUGUUAUACUGUGUUUCUGUGACAUUAUUUGUGCCAAAUAUGCAUAGUGAAGUGCUGUUAGAGUUAUUAGAUGAUGAUCUGUCCUUUAAUGAAAACUGAUUGAAUGUAUGUCAAACUUAACAUGUGCAAUUUUAUAAAAACUCAAAUUUAAUUUCA